AUGAAUAAAUUUAAACUGAAGGCAGGAUUCGAUCGAUUGCCCAACGAAAUUAUUCUCGAAACAUGGGAAUAUUUAUCGUCAAACGAUAUUAUCUAUUCAUUUUUCAAUUUAAAUCAACGAUUUAAUAAUUUAUUUAUGGAACAACGUCGAAUCUUACAAAGUUUCGAAUUACCAACAUCAUAUUCAUUAUUUUGGGAACAAUCUUUAUCAACAAUGGGAUUCCAAAUUCAUACAUUAAUUCUUCGUCAUGAUAAUUACUUGACUCCAUUUCAUCUACUUCCAAAUUUAAAAUCGAUUAUUAUUUCAUCGAAGUUUUUUAUUGAUUACGAAAUAGUAGAUGCCAUAAUGAAAAGUAUAACCCACGCUCAGAUAUUACCUGUCUUUUUCUUUGCUCCUUUCUGCAGAUACCUCGUAGGGAAAUGAAUAUAUAUUAAAAAAUAGAAGAAAGAUAAGAAGAAAAAAAACAUUUUCAUCUCUCAAGAUUGUAAAUGUAUUCAUCGAUACUGUGAAUUACUUUUAAGUUAAAACAUGUGAAAUACUUCAUUGGAAUUGUAAAGCAACAAAAUUGAACCAAGACAAAAUGAAAAGGAAAAACAGAAAGUUAAACAAUCCAUUUUGUUUUAAUUAUCUUUGUGUUAAUCUGUAGUUGCAUCUUAUGUAAUUUAUUUUCACGUAUUGUUUUUAUUGUUCUUUCCAUGAAUAGUCACUAAUCAAUGGAUUAGCCAUCAGCAUAUAUAAUUUCAAAAAG